AGUCGAAUCAUAUGAAAGUGCCCGACUGAGUGGAAGUGGAAACCUGCGUGGAAACCUGCAGAGCCCGAGUCAAUAACUUUUGUCCAUUUCCGUCCACUUUCGUCCACUUUGAAAGUUCAAGGGUAUUUUCCUCAUGGAUUACCCCGGCCCGGUCCAUCGUGAAUAGCUAACUUCGCUUGGCGACCUUGUUUUGACUGCGACCCAACGAGCAACCGAUGCCCAUCGUCGCGCAUUAAUACCAUUGACACCUAUUCGUCUACCUACUUGCCUACCCGGGUAGAUACCUACCGUAGGUCUAGGUUAAUUCGGAUUGUCAAUCUCCCCGGAUGACAAACUGACCAAUUUGAGAACCUCUGGAUCCGGUUCCAGCGAGUUGCAUCCGUUAAUUGCCGACAUGUCCGCCGAAACAUCACCACGCGCCGUUCGAUUCUCCCCCAGCGAGGUUGAGCUGGUUCAAGAUAAGGCCAAAAAUCCGCGACCCAUUGCUAUCACCACCGAUUCCGACGGCUCGGGAUCCUCCGAAGAUUAUGGUGCCGACCCCCACGAGCUCGAGCGCCAGGACGAAUUAGGUUCUCUUCCUCCAUAUGGGGAUGGCAGUCUCUCUAGCUCCAUGGCAUCGCUAGCUCCGAACUCGGUCGCUAAUAAUGCCGUGAGGCAACGAGGGUCUACCGGCGAAGCUAACGCCAAUAACGUCGCGAAUGGUGUCGGGGGCCGCCCACAACAAAGACCACAUGUUACGAGGACCCCUUCCAGCACAUAUGCUCCGCAGAGGGGCCCUCCACCGCAACCUCCGUCAUUCAUCAGUACCUCGACUCGGUCCGGAUCUCGUAGGCGAGAUCCUACCGACAAAUUUCGCGACCAGGAACCUGCCUACCUGCGCAUGAUGCGUCAAGAUCGACCUCCCAAUGGAUACUUUGACCCUUACACUCCCAGCGUAGACUACUCUGACGAAGAGUCCGAGGGCGAGACCCCUUCUUCUGAAGGUGUUUUCGACGAUCGAUUCCCUAAUGACGAGACUAUAAUGUUCCAAAAUCUAAUCGACGAUACACAACCCACCGAAGAUGACAUUAAAGACCCGGUCAACCGCGAGCGGCUAGAGUGGCAUGGCAUGUUGGCAGCAGUCUUGACCGGUGACGUUGUCAAACAAGAGAAGAAGCGACUUAUCGGGACGUCGGAAUCACAAGGCGGAAAAUCUACAUAUAAGAGCGAGUUAUGGCUUGGAAUCAGGUCAAAAAUGACCGGCCGGUCUCUCGCCGUCCAGCGGAAGGUAGUCGAGGAGGCACGAGGAAAUCUUGACCGCACUAUUGACGAGAUCACGCGGUUCGAAGUACAGGGCGAGACCGCAGCCGGUAAACCCGCCAUUGAGCAGGUUCGGGAUAUCGUUAAGAAGGUUGAGAAAUGCGAGAGUCUGUACCCCUCUUGGCAAAUGUUGGGAGCAGCACAUCCACAGGUCACAUCCCAGACAUUCCAAGAAGCCUGCGAUGCCGUCAUGUCCUGGUAUAACACUAACGAGAUGAUCAACACUGAGCUAUCGAUUCUGAAGAAAUGGGUUGGCAAUGAUGAUCUAGAUUUCCAGAGGACGAAACAGAGGUCGCCAAGCACCAAUGGUUUAAGCGACGAAACCUCGUUUCUGGAUCGCCUUCUAAAGGAGGAUAGCUUAAGAUCGCUGCACGAAGAUGCUGACGAAGCUGCAACGAUAGAACACGCGCUGAAGACCAAAUCACUCAUCCGAAGGAGCAUGUUAACACCAAUCUCGACAACGAUUGCUAAAGCGAAGGAAACUCUUAUUAUGAACUCGGCAGCUUUCCAUAAGCGACAUCUCCCCCCGUAUAUCGAAGAACUACUUACCCUUAUCAGCUUUCCAUCACGAUUAAUCGAAGAAAUCAUCAAAGUCAGAGUGGCAUACGCGAGAAAAAUGAAAGAGACUACCCAGCAAACUCCUAUCCUUCAGGACCAGAUGAUCUCGCAAUUCGAGAUCUUAUUGAAACUUGCGAUUAAAAUCAAGCAGGAGAAUCUUAUGGUUUCUCAGCCUCAACCCGGAUGGCACUUACCACCCUGUAUCGAUGAAUCGUUUGACCAGGUCGUACUCGACGCCCUAAAAUAUUAUUUCAAGAUGUUGAAUUGGAAACUUAGCAGGAACAAAAACACUUUCAAAGAGGCCGAGGUCCUGUUUCAGGAAUGGGAUUUCGCCAAUGAGAUUGGUCGACAUCUUGUUGGGGGCGACGUCGAAGUCGCCGAACAAUUCAGCAACCUCACUUAUAAAGCUCUGAACCGUCUUAGCCAGACGUUCGAGCGUGAGUUGCAGAGGAAGCCUAAGGAGAGCGCGGAUGAUAUGAGUAAGAGAUACAUGCAAAUGCUAGAUUCGGUAAGAGUUAGGCAAAGGAUGCUCCAACGCUUCUCGAGGAUGUUGAGCGAGCACUAUGAGAACGCAUCAGAUAUAAGUAUCGCUCUCGGUGCCGAGGGACUCAGGAUGUUGUACGAACGACUCUCGGUAACUGGUCACUUUCUGGUCGACGAAGUUGACGGCAUCCAAAUUAUCGCGUCGCCAGCCCUUUGUGGUCGUGACGAGGAGGUCCAAUCGAUACUACGGAAUUGCUUCCACGAACAGAUCUCCGAAGACCCUACGGACCCAUACAUACUAAUACUUCGUCCGGAAGCUCCACUACACUGGUUUGGAAAUCGACGAACUCAAUCCCUAAACAUCGAGUCAACGGAUCUCAAGCUAGGCCAGAUGCGCCUUAUCGCGGACGGAUCUCAAAGCCGAUUAGCAAAUGCAAGGAAGCUCUUCUUAGAAACGAUUGAUAUGCACCUCGACCUUAUCGUAGAAGCGCGCUCGAAUCUUCACAAGGUCAACACCAGACUGUUCGAAAUUCGAAAGGUUGGCUUCAAGCUGUCUAACACAUUUAUGGACAGUGUUGAGAUCAUUCGAAAGCAAACUAAAGGGUUGGAUUGUCAAGACCUUAUCCAAACGUGCUUCGUCUUUGCGACGGAAUUCGGACAACGAUCACUUUUAUAUAUGGACAGCAACCGACGGCAAAUGAAUAAUAUGAAGCUCACUAAGCUCAGUUUGGAUUGGGUCAGCUUCAUUUGCGAUGAUUGUAAGGUUACCGAUCGCAAAUCUUUCCGCUGGGCUGUGCCGGCUUUGGAAUUUGCGAUGAGCAUGACGAGAGGUCGACACAUUCUAGGGCUCGGCGACGACGAGUAUUCAAAAUUACGAGCUAAAGUAUCAGGGUGUAUGUCGCUCCUCAUCUCACACUUCGAUAUUCUCGGUGCCAAGUCAAAUCAGGCAGCGCAAUUGGAACGGGAGCGGAUCGAGGCUCUCGUUGGACAGUUCAAGAGGUUUGAUAAGAACAGAAUGCUCAACGACGACGAAGCUACCAAGUAUAUACAAGAACAACGACUACUUCGACUCUCCGAUAUCGACGAGGUACAGAGGCGCACCGUUGAAGAGAGGCAGGGACUUGGACGAGUGUUGGAGGUUUCUAAUGAAGUUGAUCGAUCACUAGCAUACUUGUCAUCGUCCGCCACGAACGUAACCAUGAGAUGGCAGCAAGGGCAUUUCGUCGGCGGUGGAACAUUUGGCAAUGUCUAUGCUGCGAUGAAUUUAGACACCGGUCAUCUCAUGGCAGUAAAGGAGAUUAGAUUGCAGGACCCCAAGUUGAUACCUCAGAUCGCCACGCAAAUCAAGGAUGAGAUGGGUGUUCUAGAAGUUCUCGAUCAUCCCAACGUCGUUUCUUAUUACGGUAUAGAGGUCCACCGUGAUAGAGUCUACAUUUUUAUGGAGUUCUGCUCAGGUGGUUCGUUGGCUGGCUUGUUGGAACACGGUCGGAUCGAGGACGAGCAGGUUGUCAUGGUAUACGCGUUGCAACUUCUUGAGGGCCUUGCUUACCUACAUGAAAGUGGCAUCGCCCAUCGCGACAUCAAGCCUGAGAACAUCCUCCUCGAUCAUAACGGCGUCAUCAAAUAUGUCGAUUUCGGUGCCGCCAAGGUCAUCGCCCGCCAGGGACGCACUUUAGUUCACGGCCUCGCAGCCACAAAGCCCAACAAAUCAAUGACCGGCACUCCUAUGUAUAUGUCUCCCGAGGUCAUCAAAGGCGAGAAUCCAGGUCGUGCUGGAGCCGUAGAUGUAUGGUCUCUGGGAUGCGUGAUUCUCGAGAUGGUUACUGGUCGUCGACCUUGGUCCAAUCUCGAUAACGAAUGGGCAAUUAUGUACAAUAUUGCUCAAGGCAAUCCUCCACAACUUCCUAACACGGAUCAGUUGAGUGUGACGGGGAUCGACUUCUUGAGCAGAUGCUUCGUCAGAGACCCCAAGAAGAGAGCUAGCGCUGUGGAGCUCCUCCAACACGAGUGGAUCAUGUGCAUUCGAAACCAAGUCGUUGAACCGCCUACUCCUAGUGAUACGAGCAGUAAUUCGGCGGGCACGCCACAUCCUUUUUCGGCGGGAAGUAAGGGAAGUAUGGACGGCUUUUAUUAGGAAUACUGGCCUCCUGAAGAUUUGCCUUCUGUUCUGGUAACUGAAACGAACGAGGAUGUGGACGCGAUGUUUAGCGAGCCCCCAUCACCACCGCGUUUCGAGGAUGUCAUAGCCGACUCACCGUCAGAUAUGCAUCGCUCAUCCGUCGCGAGUUACAGGUCGACUCCUCCAGCUAAUAUGCAGGCCGCCCAUGAGUCUGCGAGGAGAGCACAAGUCAGAGAGUCUGUUACGAGGGCACGGGCAGAGUCUGAG